AUGGGUCCAACAUGCAAGAUCGCUCACUGCGAUCUGUUGUCCGAUCUCCUACAACAACUACUUGAGGGCAACUCAGAUACCCAUCUCAUCGUCUGCGCAACCAGAGCCGAGUUCCUGGUGCAACUUACAGCAGCCAUUCGCGCACAACGCACUGAUCCAGACACUGCUGGGAGCCAUGACCUGCUUACGAAAACUAUCGGGCUGCUUGCAAGAUCCAGCAAAAUACGGCUGGCAUUCUGCCCGAGCUUGGAGAGUCUUCGGGCAUACCUUGCCGUUUUCAGUCCUGCUGUUGGGGUGGCUACUGAGGACGGAUCGCUUUCUCAUGACCGACAACUCCUUGCUGUCCUUGAUAUGAUAGCUUUACAUGUUGCGACUUCGGAAUUCUCGGCACAGGGACUCUCGAGAACACUUGCUUCUGUCGUUGAGGCUUCCUCCAGGAUGGGGAUGGAUCUCCGGCUUUAUGAGUGCAUGAAUGCCCUAGACCCUUCAAGUACUGUUUUGGGAAGAAAGCUAUGGGAUGUUAAAGUCCCCUUAUUGAACGGGUCAGUUCGAAUGCGAUCAGACCAAAGUACCUGGGGUGGAGGGGGCGUCACCGUGAAACGGGUUGCCGAACGCUGGUUUGACUUUGACCAGAAGCAUUGA